AUGCGCGAAACGCGAAACAUUACGGUUCUGUCGUACCCACAGGCCGAGGCAGAUCUUCCUGACCGGAUGGCAGUGUACCCAGAGCCAAGUGAAGCGUUCAGUGAACCAGAGGCAGCAUACCCGGAGUCCGGGAUAGGGUAUGCCGAGCCAGAGGUGUGGCCGGAACCAGCCCCAGAUUGGCCUAGUGCCCUCCAGGAGUUUGACCAGCUUUGGUACAUCCACGUUUUUCUCUUCGGUGCCUGUUUUACUUUGAUUGCAGUCAAUGAAAUCAUCUCAUUGGCCUCGCGAUGCAGAUUUAUAGUUUCUACAGAGCGGCGCAGAUUAAACAUUAUGAGUUUAACUCUAAAUGCCUUACUUGUGGUCUUCGGGUUAUCCCGCUCAGUGGCGCUGUACACCGAUCCUUAUGGAGCUUAUGCCAUGAUGCCUUUCGCUGCAGUGCGUCUCUUGUGGAGCGUGGGGUAUCCUUGCCUGACCGCUGCGUUUACCUUGGUCCUUAUGGUGCUCUUAGAGACGACAAAAAAGACGGCCACGACGUCCCCGGCGUUCCGAAAACCAAGCGUCAUCCUCUCCUUCAUCGGCGCCCACUUCGUACUUGUGAUCUGCUCGGACGUGAUAGUUUACUACACGGUAUCGGCCAGAGUGCUUCUCUUGAUUUGUCAAAUAAUAUACUGCACCUGGGGCCUCCUUCUAGCUGUAGGGUAUGCACACGCAGCUAUGAAAAUACGGAAGAAUCUUUCAGCUAGCAUGGAUCCUUCUUCGGGCGCCUCCAAUAAAACCAGCGUUACAUGGCUGACCCAGCUGUUGGUCACCGCGUCCGUGACUGCUCUUGCGCUCUUUACGGUGCAUUUAUACGGGGCCUUUGGAGUGUUCGGCGUCUAUAGCGAAGUCUCUCACGUCCAGAACUGGCCAUGGUGGGUGUUUCAGACGUUAAUGCGUGGCAUAGAGGUCACCAUCUGCUUAAUCGUCAUUCUCAUAGCCUCAAAAACACCGUCCUCAACGGGUUUUGCUGUCGUCUUUCGCACCGUGAUCCAGGUCAGAAAAAAAUGCCGCUUAAAGAACGCAGUGAUUCCCAUGGAAGAUACAACGCAUCCGACCAAUAUUGCUAUGAAUACACAGGUCUCUGAAACCUAGAUUUCUAUACAAUUUUAGACGAAGAAAACCAGGGUGGCUAGCUUUAAAGUUCUCGUAGAGAUUUUUCCUAUUUAUUUCAUGCUAUUGAUUGUAGAGAAAUGCCCAAGAACAACGGCACUUCAUUAUCAAACAGAUUUGGAUUCGUCAAAAUCUUAAACGGCAAUGAAAAUAACACAAACGGACAUACAUGGGAACUUAUAUGCGAAAUUAAUGUAAGUUGUGAUAUGUGCAAUCACUUAUUAAUGACAGACUGGUCUAGCAAUUACUGCCACUAAACAAAUAAAAUUAAUUUUUAUGACGAACAUCAGAGCACGGGAUUAAUUGCCUGGGGCACGGUACUAUAAAUGUAUAUAACAAAAUAUCACCCGG